AUGACUUGGGAACUCACACGCCGACGCUUCACCCGCGCCAUCAACAGCAAAUAUCUCUUUGACCGUGUCCCUCUCCUACAUGCCAUCAUCUUCCUUAUCGAGAUGACCCUCGUCGCUCGCCUCGUCGCCAGGUACAAUGCCUUCUAUGCUGAACGACCGGUCCUCACCAUGAUGGUGACAAACGCCGUCCUGGGAGGUAUCGCCGACACCGUCGCACAGUCAAUCACCGCUGUCCGCCAGCGCGCCCUUAGGAAGGCCCCCGUUUCCCCGGGCGCGAGGGAGACAGCCUACGAACUGGACGUCAAAGAUCCGAUUACCGAGCGCGAGCUGAUCCCCGGUUCCAAGGCCCUGCCGCCGCCAUUUGAUUUCGAGCGCCUGACAAGGUUCAUGGCGUACGGUUUCGCCAUGGCCCCCCUGCAGUUCAAGUGGUUCAGCUUCCUGUCGAGGACCUUCCCUAUCACCAAGACUAGUGCUUUUGGGCCUGCUAUGAAGAGGGUCGCCUUUGACCAGAUCAUCUUCGCCCCGUUUGGUGUUGCCUGCUUUUUCACCGUCAUGACUGUUGCCGAGGGUGGCGGCCGUCGUGCCGUCAUGUCGAAGCUUCGUGACAUGUACGUGCCGACUCUCAAGGCCAACUACGCAGUCUGGCCUGCCGUUCAGGUUAUCAACUUCCGUCUGAUGCCUGUCCAGUUCCAGCUUCCCUUCGUGUCUACCGUCGGUAUCGCCUGGACUGCGUACCUUUCGCUCACCAACGCUGCCGAGGAGGCCACACAGCCAAACCCAGCCGCACUCAGUCCCAACAACAUUCGCUUGGAGUAG